AUGUUAAGAAUAUUCCAUUUUAAUGAAAGUGAAAAACUUAAAACCCAUAAUAAUCGAUACAAAUAUAUUCGUAUUUCAGAUAAUAGUCAAAUUGAAAAAUCCCUUAAAAAAUCCAAUUAUUCAACUAUUGGAUGUACAGAUUGUCCUAAAUAUUUAAAAAAUUAUGCAAUUUUAAGAAAUGGAAUCAUUGAAUUAAGAUCAAUUAUUGAACCAAAUGUUUAUGUAUUUGUUAGUGAACAAGAAUUAGAAAAAGCAGUUUUUCAAUAUUAUCAAAUUGAAAUUAAAGAUUUUUUGGUUUUUUAUUGUUCGGAUCAUGAUCUAGAUUUCAUUCAAGGUAAAUUCCAUUGUACUACUUCAAGACCAGUAUUUAGAAAAAUCAAAUUCAAUAAAGAUCCAUAUUUUCUUAUGGAUGAUAUGAAUAGUAGGGUUAGGGAAGAGAAAAAAUACAGUGAUGUUUUUUAUUAUAUCAAUGCAAAAGAAAAGAAAAUUGAAUUAUCAGCCACUAUACUUUCAGUGGUAAAUAAAUUUAUCACAGUAGAUAGAAUUUCUUCUGUUCCAUUAUCAUAUUUAGAUAUCUACAAAAUGUUUUCAUUAAAUGUAUACAUUAGUGGAGAAGGGUCAUUUUUCAAUGAGUUGUUUGAUAGUAACGAUGUUUUAUUACCAAAAUAUCAACAACAAUGGUGA